UGCAACGAUAACCGUUUGGACCAUGUCUUUGCGAGGACCCUUGAAGCGCUCGCAUCUGAGACAGGUGAGCGCCGCCAGUAUAGAGACCCUUUCCACCGCACGGUCGUUGGAGGUCCCUCAUGCGGUUCCUCCCGAGCAGCAAUCGUCCACUCCAGAUGACAGGACAAUCCGUUUGCUCUCCACGGGCCUCGAUCGUCGGCAAUGCUCCCUCUGGGUUCACGAUGAGACCUUCUCCAAGGAAGAGAUCCUGUUCAACCAGGCCGCCUUUAGCGACACUGGGGUACAGAUCGGUGAUGUGAUUGAGAUUCUACCCGUCCGAUUCAGCGGCGAUGCAGCGCAUUCGUUCAAGACGAAUCUUGGAGUUCGAUCCUUACGGGACUCCCACGUUGAGCCCAAUCCGACGCUUCACUCGGAUCCUAUGUCCAAGUUCAAGACCCCCUUGCAGGGCCGAUGUCUCUUUGUCGUCAAACCGCUGCCACAGGACAUCAAAGCACGGCAUCCGAAGCUCGACCUCUCUGUUACCAGUGCCGUCGCCAAUAUCUUUGGCUUUAAGAACCGGACUACUGUGCAUAUCUCGAUCGUGGAGCGUGCGCAGUGCUCUGCAUCCCAUGUAGACAUCUCCUUCCGUGAUCAGUACCUGGUCCGCUCGGACAUGUGGCGCCUUGUCAUGUCCGAGUUGGCGGAUAAGAUCGUCUACAAGGGCCAGAAGAUCGUGUUCAUGGGUAGUAUCAAGGCGACUGUAAAGAAUAUCUUCAUCCGCGGCAAGAAGGUCCUCUCAGGCUUUUUCUCUCCGCAGACUAUCCCUGUCUUCCGCAGCGAGUCGGCCAAGUAUGUCCUCUUCAUCCAGAUGUCGCGGGAGAUGUGGGACUUCGACUCGGAAGGCACGGGCGAUAUCCUGUUCAGCCGGGUCAUCAACGGCUUUCUUCCGGAACUCUUCAAGCGGUGGGCCAAUUCGGACGCCAGGCAUCUGGUCACCAUCGUGCUGUUCACGCGCGUGGAGUAUGAUGCGACGGCGAUUGGGCCCUCGUCCAACCUCAAUCUGGACAGCUGGAAGAGUGACUUUACGACCAACGCGGCUCCGACCAGGGAUUUCUACCGAGUGGUUGUCAAUGAUAUGGCUAGUGGUCACUGGACUGCCAUCUUAGAUGAGCUAAAAAAGGACUUUAGGACCUUCUUGAGAGAUGUGUCCAUUCUGAAGCCUCCAGAAGAGGCACCAACGCCCACGAUUGAUAGCAGCGGGGGGGACGCUAAGGCCCAACCUGCCCAGUCUGCAAUCAUUGCAGGACGACCCAGUACUGCGCUGCGCGGCAAUAUCCUGGAAGCGAUUCACCUUGCUUCCUCUCAUCUAGCGUAUGAUCACAUCGAUCGGGACAUGCUUCACACGGGGACUUCGAUUAUCGUGAUUACACCGGGAAGCGGCGUGUUUGAGGUCUCCUACGAGUCGCUGGCGUCGACCACGGAGGCUCUCACCAACCGCGGAAUUGCAAUUGACCUGGUCUGUCUAAGCCCCAUGCCUCUGCACUCGGUGCCUUUGUUUAAAUACCGCGAGCCGGUGAAGCGACCCCAAACGGCCUCGUAUGGGGACAUUCGGAAUGGAGGCUAUUCUCCGGAGGCUCGUCCUUCCUUCGCAAGCUUUGCUAGCCGCACCUCUCACCUUUCUCCAAAGACGGUCAUGCAUAGCUCGUAUCCUGGGUUGGGUGAUCAGCAGCCAUGGUCUUCCCACUCGACGAAGUGGAAUUACGGAAUUCCCCACUGGCUUGAUAUUUCGUACUGGAACCCUGAGACAUACCGAGAGGCUCGGCGGAUCCUCAAAAAAGACCUGAACGCGCCGAUUCCUUUCACCGUCACCAAACAAUCGAAGCUGUUUGUGCCUCGUGUGCGCAUGUAUGAGAUUCAGAUGAUGGGUGUUAUGGAAAGCGAGCAGUCCAACAUUUCCAUCCCUUAUUUGCUCGAAGGACAAGGCGUUACCCGGGGUGCUAGUCCAGCGACCGGUCUGAGCCCUUCGAGUAUCAGUCCUGCGAAAACGCCCUUGAAGCGCAACUCCCCAUUCAGAUAUCAACUCAGUGACAGUCUGCGACCGGAGCCCUUCCUCCAGAACAUGUCUCAUCCUAAGGAUGCCAUCCUAGCGAAAACGCAGAAGUCGUCGAACUCGGUCCUGACCUGGAUGGAUAGCUAUGACGAUGGCGUGUUCCAUGCUUUACCGAAGCGCCGGCAGCCUCGUAGGUCCGCGAAGAAAAAGCGGACCAGCGAACCCGAAGUGCAGGUCUCGAAUGCCCACGAACGGCUUUCCGCUCGAUCUGUAACCCGCUUGCGCGAGAACGAGAACAAUGCCAAUGGGCGCACACAUUCUGUUAGCUCUGUGCCUCGCAAGAUCGAGCCAUCGCUGUCCGUGCAGAAGAGUCCGGUUUCGACACAGGCUCCAUCGGCCCAAAAGCCAGCGCUCAAGCCAACAUCUGCCACGGGAGUGCCUCGCAUCUCGCGAACAAUCAGUUUUGCUCUUCGGGGUCUAAGCUCCAUCGCACCACGGGCGCAGGCAAGUACCGAAGUCAAUGUGGAGCAUGUCAGAGGCCAGCCGACGCAGAAUGUUAAAAAAUUGUCUGGGAUGCUGACCGACUCGAGGAGCGUUGAAUCCUUGAGCACGUCCGACUCCGCAUCUACGAGAACCGUGAUCGAAUCAUCUACCACGUCUAGCGCUUCGAACACGCCGCAAAAGUCUGUGCAAGGUUCCACAGCUACCCCAACGAAACCAAUUUCGAUUAGGGUUCCCCAGAAGCAACCGUCCGAGGACGCGGACCAACCGGAUCGUUCAGUGGUCCCAGAAUCUUACUCGACCACGACAACGGAGAUUCCAAUCAUCGAUGAUUCGCGCCAUGAGAAUCGGGUUCGGAGGUCGAAUCCUCGAGUGACAGUGACGAUGAACGGGGGCUUACGCGAUGCUUCGUCAAAGAGCCCGCACAACUCGGCGUUGGCUCCCUGGGUCCGCUCCAUCAACCCGUGCAACACCUCGAAGGAAGUCAUGCGAGACACCAGCUGGUUUGGGCGCUGGCAGCAUGCCUAUCCCCGGCCUCCUCAUGUGGCUGUCGUCAAAUGGAAGAGCUUGAAGUCCCCUGCUAUUCUGCCUUUGACCACGGAAGAAUUCCCCACCGCAAGCGAGCUGACCUCGGACUACUUCCAGACCCCGUAUCGCGUCUUCCCGAAUGAAGAUGCGGAAGGUAUCGAAGCUCCGAAGACCAGGGGCGUGCUUCUCCGAGAGAUGAUUUCCUUGCGUCUUUCACACGGCUUCCAGAUCGUAGUUGGGAAGGCUGUUGUUGAAGCGUCUGGACAGUACGCGCUUGAAUCACCUAAUGUGUUUGACACGGCUGCGCUGGAGAGAGGCGGUGCUAUUGUGUUUCUCUCCAAAGGCAGCACGAUUCAUCGACUGAUUUGUGUGGAAGGCGCGGAGAUUGAAGUGACGCGGUAUACUCAUCGCAACUCCUCCAUUCUCGCCUCGGAGCAGACGGACGACUUCAGCAUGUACUCACCGGCGAUGCGGACGAUCUUAAGCCCCCAGUACGAGACGAAGAACGUCCGGCUCGAUUCGAAGCUCGAGGAGUAUAACUGGAACUACGCGGACAACUACGUGGCCGGGCAUCGAGAUUAUCUCUUCAACCCGUCGCAGCAGCUCCACUUCUGGCGCGUGCGUUACGUGUUGAUCCCGAUGCACUUGCAUGUCAGUUCCCGUCGUCACAUUCAGACUUUCAACGAAGAUAACGAGGAGGAGAUCCAUCUGCUGGGUAUCAACCAGCUGACGCGGAUCUGGCAACGCCACAAGUACAUUCCCCCGGAGGAGAAACUGUUCAAUGCUUCCAAUGGCAAGAAAGCAGAGAACCCGCUCAACAUCAUCUACAAUACACAGAAUUCAUCGGAGGUGGUGGCCGCAGAGCUGGAUCGGAUGCAAUUGACCGACCCCAGCUUCGAGAGCGCGCCUGCCCAGUUGUUGCCCGAGUCCGAGCAGUUUGAGCGCUCCAGCAUCACACUGUCCACGCUGGCGCAGGCCAUUCAAGGCGAGAAGGGUAUACGGAUGGAGGAUCGACGGUGGCACUGGCGUCUGCACUACAGCUGCUUCAUCGGGUUCGAGCUCACGACCUGGCUCAUUCAGACCUUCCGGGACAUCGACACGCGGGAAGAAGCAGUGGAGUUUGGCAACGAACUGCUGAAACACGGACUGUUCCAUCACGUCGAACGGCGGCACAAUUUCCGCGACGGGAACUACUUUUAUCAGCUGUCGAGCGAAUAUCGCCCGCAUCGCCCGGAGUCUCGCGGCGGCUGGUUCCCUCAGAUGCGACCGGACAGGGCGACUCCUUCGACUUCUGCCGCCGACCACGCGAGCAAUCAUUCUCGCGCGGAGUCCCGCUCCGAAUCCCGCUCCGAGUCGAGGUCGGAGAGUGUGGACGAGCCCAUGCCUCCGGUGCCCAACACACCGUCCAAGGCGAAGAACAAGGCGACGAUCAUGCUGUCAAAGAAGAUGCAGUACGACGUGGACCCGCGUCGACGAUCGAACCGGCCCGAGGUCAUUGAUCUCCACUACGACCGCCUGCACAACCCGGACAACUGCUUCCACAUCGAAUUGAGCUGGAUGGGGACGACGGCCAAGCUGAUCGAAGACACGGUGCUGUCGUGGGCGGCGACGGCGGAGAAGUUCGGCCUGAAACUGGUGCAGGUGCCCAUCGCCGAGGUGUGUGCGAUCGACCAGACGCAGCCCUUCCGCAAGCCCUUCCGCGUCCACUUCAAGGUCCCUCCGCCGCGCGGUCCGGUGCCGGUGCCUUAUAACCCCAACCCGUCCGCCUCCGUCUCGGUGCAGAACCUCACCCCGGACCCGCUCUACUUCCAGAAAGCGCUGCUGCUGCGCAAGUUCGACUUCGUGCUCGACUUCGAGGCCCGGUCGGCGUUUCCCGCGGACGUCGAGGUCUCCUACUCGUGGGGCAUCCCGGACUACCGCUACCCGCAGUUCAUCCACCGCUCGGGCAGUCUGCUGGCGCAGAUCACCGACGAGGGCGAGUUUUUGUUCCUGGCGAACCGCCUGGUGAGCACGCGCAGCACCGCCAGCCGCGACGUGCCCCGUCUGGAGCGCAUCGAGCGCGCCGAGCAGUUCCGCGCGCGCGCCGGCACCUACGACCCCGUCGCCGCCGAGCGCGCUGCCUCCCCGCGUCUGUCCCCGAUGGUCCGCCCUAUCCACGACAUCACUAUCAACACAGGCAGCACCUACCCCACCACCCCGGCUCCCAAAGACCCCUCCUCCUCCUCCUCCACCACCACCUCCACUAACACAAACACCGGCCCGGCGAACCACCUCCAACAUCCUAACAUCGACUCCUCGAAUCUCUACCGCGCGCCCGAGCACAUCUUGAACGGCAUCGUGGAGUUUUGUAAUGAUCCCAUCCGUCUGCAGCAAUUCUACCAGGAGUCGCAUGCGCGGCCCGUCUCGACGCGCGUGACCCCCUCGGUGCCGCCCACCAAGAUGACGGAUAUCCCCUCGCUCGAGCUGCCGGAUAGCGUGGUGGGGCAUCCGCUGCCGCCGGGGUUGCCGCAGCGGAUCCAUUCGAGUGCGGCUGUGUUGACCGCGUCGUCGACGGAGGCGCGGGCGCGGUCGCGGGAUGAGGGGAGUGUUUUGGUGAGGGGGAGUCCGCGGAGUGGGAGUUUGAGGCCUUUGAUGUGAUGUAACGACCGGUCCAUGGUCUUUGAUGUACGGGUUUUUGAGUUCGUUCGUGUAUGUUGAUACCCUGUGUGUAGUAUUUUUGGACUUAAUAACAUAACAUAACAACUGGAAGGGCAGCCAGGGGCCACUGCAGUCGAAGGGGACUGUCUGGCCAGCCCGUACAUAAUAAUCCAGCUCUGCACUACUACCAACUCCUCAUCCUAUACCGAUGUAGCAGAGACUACUCCGUCCCUCAUCUUUUGGUUUCCUCCUCCAGAAACUACUCAUCUCACCGAACAACCUGCACGCGAACCCCCUCAACAUCCGCCCUCACCUCCCCACCCUCCGCUGCCAACUUUACAACCCGCAACACCUCAUGCGUCCUCACCGGAUCCACCACCUCCACCUCCACCCCUUCAGUUGGGAUGGCACCAUUAACC